CAGUGAUAGCGGAUAGUCUUAAAAGAUAUUAUGAGCUAAAAGGUAAAGAAGUUGUAUUGAGCACGGGAACCGAUGAACAUGGAUUAAAGGCACGCACGGAUUUCGAUAAUUUCUCAAUGAUUCAACAGGCAGCAAUUAAAGAAAAUAAGAGUCCGCAAGAGUUUUGUGAUCAAAUUUCAAACCGAUUCCGUGAAUUAUUUGAUACGGCCAACAUAAGUUACACAACUUUUAUGCGUACCACAGAUCAAAGGCACAUAGAGACAGUGAAAUACUUUUGGAAUCAAUUAGUAGAUGGUGGGCACAUAUAUAAAGGAGCUCACGAAGGUUGGUACUCGAUAUCCGACGAAGCGUUUUACAAUGCUUCACAGGUCCAUGAAACUGUUACGUCGGAUGGAAAUAAA